AUGGAGGCUCCGCGAUCCCCAAUGCUGCUGCUGCUGGCGGUCCUGGGAGCCCUGUGGGCAGGAGGCAACACGUUUGAGACCCACAUCAUUGGGGGUCGAGAGGCUGCCCCCAACUCACACCCAUACAUGGUCUCGCUGCAGAAAUCCGGCUCCCACCUGUGUGGGGGGGUCCUCGUGCACCGGCAGUGGGUGUUGACAGCUGCCCACUGCCUGACCCAUCCGACACAGCUGCUGAGGCUGGUGCUGGGGCUCCACGUGCUCGGAGACCCUGGCCUUACCUGCCGCAUCAGGGAGGUGGUCCUGCACCCCGAAUACAAGCCAGCCCCCCAUCUGAAGAAUGACCUCGCGCUGGUUAAGCUGGAUGGGAAGGUGAAGCCCAGCAAGACCAUCCGGCCCCUGGCCUUGCCCCGAGGACGCCAGGCAGUGGCCGCAGGAGCGCGGUGCAGCGUGGCUGGCUGGGGUCUGACCCACCAGGGUGGGCAGCUGGCCAGGGCGCUGCAGGAGCUGGACAUGCAUGUGCUGGAUGCCAAGAUGUGCAACAACAGUCGGUUUUGGCACGGUGGCAUCAGCCCCCGCAUGAUCUGCCUGGCGGCCCACUCCAAGAACCAGGCCCCCUGCAAGGGGGACUCGGGAGGACCCGUGAUGUGCAGCAGAGGCCAAGUGGCUGGAAUCCUGUCCUUCAGCUCUAAGGUCUGCACCGACAUCUUCAAACCCCCCGUGGCCACCGCCGUGGCCCCCUAUACGUCCUGGAUCAAGAAGAUCAUCGGCCACUAGCGG